AUGUCUGCCAAUCUUGACAAGUCUCUGGACGACCUCGUCGGCAGCCGCCGUCAGACUGCUCGUCGCCGUGGCGCCGGCCGUCGCGCCGCCGCGAAGCCAUCGGUCGGCGGUGUCAAGAAGGCCUCCAAGACUACCAAGGCUACGGCCAAGGUCGUGCACCCCACGCCCACCGCGCCUGCCGCUUCUAGCAAGAUCAUCGUCAGCGGACUGCCUUCCGAUGUGUCUGAGGCCAAUAUCAAGGAAUAUUUCGCCAAGUCUGCAGGUCCUGUGAAAAAGGUGAUGCUCACCUACAACCAGAACGGCACCAGCCGUGGUAUUGCUUCGAUCAUUUUCAGCAAGGCCGAUACUGCCACCAAGGCCGCCAAGGAGCUCAAUGGACUCCACGUCGACGGCCGCCCCAUGAAGAUCGAGGUUGUUUUCGACGCUUCCUACGCCCCUCCCGUGGCCGCUCCCAAAUCUCUUGCCGAUCGCGUUGCUCACAAACCUCAGCCCAAGCCUGCCACCGCCCCCAAGCCCGCUGGUAACAAGCCUAAGGCCCGCGGCACCCGUGGCUCCGGCCGCGGUGCUCGUGGUCGUAACCCCGGCCGCGGCAAACCCAAGACCGUUGAAGAGCUUGAUGCCGAGAUGGUCGACUACUUCAACAAUGAGAGCACAGCUGCCGAGGGAAGUGCCCCCGUCAACGGUGCUGCUGCCCCCGCCCCUGCCGCUUCUGGCGAGGACACUGGCAUGGCUGAGAUCUCCCCCAGUCAUACUGACCGCGUCCUAGUAAAUGCCAUGCCGCUUGGGCCGACAACUUCCGUGCUCUUUCGCCUUCGCCCGCGGGCUGUCGGCGAGGUUUCCAUCUUGAUCUCGGGGGAAGCUUGA